AUGUCGCUUAGUCUUUGGGCUCAAGCUUUACCUGUUUUAAUCGAGUUUGCUCCUGCUUUAUUCGGUGUUGGCGCUGCUGGUACAGCUAUUGGAACUGGUUUACAAGUUGCAAACGCUGUUAAUAGUCUGCUUUCUGGAGGUGAUUUCUCUAAGCAGUCUACUGUUGAUACGUUAGUUAAUUACGUUGCAGAUACUGCUACGGACGCUUUAAUAGACGCUGGUAAUGGGUUACUCAGGCAAGGUGUCGAGAGGGCGCAGGAGGCGUAUAGGGAUCGGUUACGGCCGCGGGCGAAGUCGUCGGUACGGAAGCCGUCUAAGCCUCCUCAGAAGAAGGCGAAGCCGUUUGAGGGGAAGCACUGGGUUGCGCGGAAGAAGCGGUUUAGGUCGCGGGCGCAGCCGUUCUAG